CACCCAAUUUUGCAUUUAUACUGGUGCUGCGCUAUCCCGCGAGAUCGAUUCCAAUAUCCGCAACAACAGAAUCACGAGGUGAGACACGCCCCGUGGAGAAACAGUUGCGGAAGUAUUGACAUUAGAUACCGAGGUGUGAGGUUGCAUUGCAAAAAAAGCAAUGGAUCUCUCCAAGAUUGCUCAGAACCUCAUUUUCAGCGUUUCAGGAGCAAAGAAUGUUCCAUUAUCUUCAUUGUGGGAGAAUAAUUCUGUUGUGAUAGUCUUUUUAAGAAGAUUUGGAUGAAAAUUAUGCCGGCUAUGGGCAACCGAGGUGAGCGAAAUAAAGCCUCAACUCGACGCCCAUGGCAUAGGGCUUGCAGGUAUUGGCCUGGAAAAGCUUGGUGUUGAAGAAUUUGUCAGCGGAGGUUUCUUCAAAGGAGAUCUAUACGUGGACGAAGGCAAACAGCUUUUCAAGGCGCAACAAUUUAAACGUUAUAACAUGCUGUCUGUUGCUGGGGCGCUGCUUGCGUCAGAGACACGGCGGGCAAAUGCAAAGAGCAACGCAAUGGGAAUAACAGGAAACAUGAAAGGAGAUGGAAUGCAGCUUGGUGGGACCCUUGUUGUUGAAAAGGGUGGGGAAAAAGUUCUCUUGGUUCACAAGCAAAAGAAUCCAGGUGAUCACACAAAUACUGCCGACGUCCUCAAGGCACUGGGGAUAAGUUCAGCUGGAGAAGGUGCUGGUGAUGGCGGAGCAGAAGGAGCAGUUGGUGGAGUGACCGAUACCAAGCAAGAAGUUGGUGAAAGUGUCGAAAAUAAAACUGAAGAAACAGCAUCGGAGAAGGGUAGCGGUGAAGGGGAGGCGGCAGAAGAAAGAGCUACUGGAGAAUCAGAAGGGAAAACGGAAUCAUCAGAGGAAUCUCAAAAAGCACAACCUGUAGAAGAAACGCCAACUGAAACCAAAGCGGAAGGGCCAGCAGAAACGCCAGCAGAAACGCCAGCAGAAACGCCAGCAGAAACGCCAGCAGAAACGCCAGCAACAGUAGAUGUGUCAGCUGAGGAAUCCGGAGUUAUAGAAGAACCACAAAAGCCCCAAGUGGUGGAGGCUGUUUCAGAACCAGAAUCAAAAACAGACCAGGAACCAGAAAAGACAGAGGAGCCAGUUAACGAUGCUCCAGCUGAUGUGGAGGUAAACACUGCAGAAGAUCCACCCAACGAGGAUACGAAAGCACCAGGAGAGGGCUCACAAGCUGGGACGGAUGACAAGGAAGAAGUUGGAGAGAAAGAAAGUGAAACAAAAGAUAAUGACGCACCUUGCAAUAAAGUGGAAGAGGCAGAAAGCACCAAAGAAGAUGGAGAAGAUGCAAAGGAAAAGCCAGAAUAAUAAUGCGUGACGAAGGUUUCGGUAUUUUGUGAUUACAGAAUUGUAGGUGUCCCACAGCCGCGUGUCGUAGUUAAAAUGUCGGUAUCGUUUUGUAAGAGAUAGUUUGUAAUGCACAGCUUGCAGGAUAAUCAGUAGAGUUUCAACCAGAGGGUUCGAGAUUCUUGUUGAAUUCAAUCCCUUGACUUUUCUGUCGAACAAAGUACAUAGAUUGGCGAACUCUCAAAUUUUCUGCUUGCGAACAGCAAGUUGUUAUUUUUGGUGAAUUUUGCAGUUAAUUGUGGAUGGGGUUUCUAUGUCUAUGAGAAAAGCCAUAUAUGGGAUUCAGUCAGUGCAAUGCAAUGUCUCAUGGAUCGUCGUUCUUUGCAGUAUGCGUCAUUGAUCCCAUUUUAAAGUCCUUUGAUCCCAUUUGGAAGUUUUCUAGUAAAGAAUAUCAGGCUGUUGUUUACAUUGUCAGUAGCUUUUUGCAUGCCUGACAUCAAGCCCGCGUACCUUUCAAUAAUCUCCCAUCCCAUCCUUGUAUUAUGUGUCCCCUUUUAUUUUUGACUCAAGACAGCAAGAACGAAACGUCAGCCUCAGGGAAAGCUUUAAACAGAAUUCGCCUUGCGAAAAUUGAAAAUUCAUGCAUUACAGAUUAGCAAUCUGCUCAAUGAUAUAUACCAAGGGCAAAUCACUCUUGCAAAUUGCAAACCAGAUGUCUGCGAAAAUAAAAGGAUUUUAAGAUAAAACAAUAGAAUUUCUACCAAAGGUAUACGAGACACUCUUGGUGCGAUUAGCCCCUCGGAUAAAGGUAUCUUUUGAUUAGGAACUCCUGCAAUUUCAUAUUGAUAAAUUGUACUUUAAGCCAUCAAAUUUAGAUUUUGAAAUGAAUAUGUAGUUGACUAUCUUGAUAAUGAAUUUAAAGUAUACAUUUAUAUUCUAUGGCGUACUCAGAAAUAUGUAAAACAGUUGAUAAAAUCGCAAAUACAAUUUUGAUUUGAUCUAAACAUUUCUUUAGUAACUAUUAUGAGUGUUUAUCUUAAAGAUUUAAGGCCGUGAUGAAAUCACAGUUCGAUAACAUGCAGCCUUUUCUUUGAUCGUAUAAUGUUUUGAUUUUGAAUACCAAAUAUAAAAUGUACUAUUUCUCCAUAAAAUAUACUCAUUUGCAACACCAAAUCAUCUUGGUUGUAUCAUAAAGUGUAUUUUUGAUGAACGAAGGCAAUUUUAAGAUAGUAAUUCCCCCUUUUCUAAUCAAACAGCAAACAAUUGCUUGAUAACUCAAAGCUGUCACAAUGAUAAGUCAAAAGCUAAGUCUUGGUAAAUAAAUUCAUUCACCAAAGCUCAAUUUUUCUUAGCAAACCAAGUCUCCACUCAAGAUAAACACUCCGAACCAUUGCAUGAAUGCUGUAGACGUCUAAAUACACUAUUGGUUAAUUGUAGAUUGCCCUAUACUGAGGUCCCUUUUUUCCAACCAUGCUUACAAUUGUUAAAGUUUUGUCCAACCUAAUAAUUAUCUAGCUGAGAAUUGCUCUUUUUUCAAUGUAUUGUCCAGUUAUGAUAAUCAAUGUUAAACAUAAUUUUAUUAUUGCUUUAUACUUUCGUAAUUUGCCUGAAAUUUAAUAUGCUGUUUAUGACUCGAAAGUUUAUGACGUUUAAGCAUAAAUACGAAACAUCGUUUUGCUGUAAACUGAAUUAAAUCUGCUUUCAAAGCGUUGCUUAGCAAUUUGUAUUUUGUAAAAAUCAUUUUCAUUGUUUCUAAAGCUCUGUAUAUUACUGUUAUGAAGCAUUAGUUUAAAACAUGGCUUUAUGCGUAACUAAUUGCCGAAUUCCUUCAGUACAUGAAAUCAGAGAACAA